GGGGGGGACUAUUUUGUUGCAAUAUUACAUAAUGCUCAAAGGCAUAAUUACCAUCAAAAAUUCAUUAUGCACUCCUGGUAACAUGGACAUUCAGGGUGUGUAACUAGGGCUUCAGGAAUUAAAGAGGAAUGUGUGAGGGGAGAUAAUUGAAAUGACUUUGAAAUGAUGAAAUACUCAGAAGUAAAAAUACAAGAAAUGAAAUAAGAAAAAUGAAAUAAAAAUGAAAUAAAAAAAGAAAAAUGAAAUGUUUGUCAUAAAAUUCUAAAAAUCUUGCCCCAUAUGAGAAGUAACCUUAGAGAUAUACAUAUACAGUAUACAUACACCAUAUACCUCCACACUAUCUGUAGAUUUACCAGUGCUUAUACAAUAUAUCACUGAAAACAGUUGACUUCUCUUACUACACACACACCCUCUGACUGUCUCCCUACAUAAACAUAUAAACAACACCUGUAGCUUAACCAGCAUUUCAUACUAAAGCUCCUUCAUUCACAGGACAAAAAACUUGACAAAAUAUUUUCAUAAUAAAUACAAAUUCCCAUCAUGUCCAGUGGCAGUUUUAAUGUAAAAUCAAUAACAUGAACACAGUAAAGGUCAGAAAAAAUGCUGACCCAAAUCCCUAUACAGGUAACUUAUAGAAAAGAACUAGGUCAAAUCAGGUGAACUAACAGACAUCUGCGCAGGACAACAACUGGAGACUGAAUCAAAAAGGAAAAUGGCUACUGCAGACCUCAAGGGUGUAACUGAAAGUCCACAAGCAGCAAGUUUAAGAACUGAAAUAGUCAACUACUUUGUGAGCUGUUCUUUGUGCCUUGAGGAGUAUAAGGACCCAACAGAUUUACCAUGUAGGCAUACAUUUUGUAAGGGUUGUCUGAAGACUUAUAUUUCUGAUUUAACACCAGGAAGUAAAUUACCAUGUCCUGUGUGUCAGAAAGAAACUGAAGUACCUAAAGAUGGCCUUGAGGGCUUCACUCACAAUUUCUUCAUUGAAAGCUUGCAGGACACUGUACUUCAGUUAACACAUACGAAAAAGUGCAGCUCUUGUGCUUUGGUGUCCCAAACAGAAACAGUGGCUACUUCAAAAUGCAUCACAUGCCAUGACUACCUAUGUGAGAAGUGUUCUCCAUUUCACUGUGGUACCAAGUUCACUAAAGACCACAAGGUGCUGACUUUUCAACAACUUCACAGCAGUGAGUAUGAAAAAGAAAUCCAAGAGCAGCAAAAGAUUAUCUGCCCAGAGCACAAAGGUGAGAUGAUACGAUACUUUUGUUCAGACUGCAAUGUCAGCAUUUGUCGUGACUGCAGAAUUCUACACCAUGAUGGUCACAAACUUAUCACCCUUGAAAAAGCUGCAGAGAUGGUAAAGCCAAAACUUCUGACCAAAUUCUGUGGCAUGGAGAAAAAAUUUGAAACAGGUGAGAAAACAAUAGCUAAGAUUGAUGAAAUAUUGGCAACCCUCCAAGAAAAUGAAAGCUUUGUUCAGCAGAAGAUCAAAGCUCGUGCAAAUCAUCUACGUCAACUGGUUAAUCAACGAGAGAAAACCUUAGUACAGGAGCUUCAUCAAACCACCAGCUCUCACAGAAAUAAUUUACAAAUUUCACGCAAAAACUGCAGUGCCACUUGCUCCUCUAUCAAAAGCACAACAGAUGUACUAAAAAACAUACUUCAGCAGGGUGCUCCCAUAGAUGUCCUCACGUUACAACACCAACUUGGACAGAGACUAGAUGAGCUACAGUCCACUUCAGAUGUGGAUGAUAUUCCAGAGGAACUAAAACUCACACUCACCACCAACACAGAUGUGGACCAAGAGAUAUCCAGUGGGGCUGGCCUGGGGAAUGUGCAGAUAUCUAGACAACCAGCUUUGCCCAAGAUCAAACCAAAGGCUGAAUGUAUGCUGGAGUUUUACACUGGCUGUGAGAGGCCAGUGGACAUUUCAGUGAGUCCAAACAGGGAAUAUGUUACUAUACAUGACAGGGAUAACAAGGUCAAGGUUUUUAGUUCAGAUGGUACAUCAAAGCAAGAGAUUACAAGUGUCUCAGAUACACAGCUGAAAUUUCCAGUAGGGAUCUGUCACUUCCCUGAUGGAAGGUUGGUUCUAUCUGGUUCAGGCAAUAACAAACUGUUCAUUCUGUCACCACAGUGGGAAGUACAGCAAAUUGUAGAUGUCAACAACCCAUAUGGUGUGGCUCUCAAUAAGAGCUGCACUAAAAUUGCUGUGGCACAGGGUUAUAAAGAAAAACCUGUGAGCAUUAUCAGUAUUGAUAUAAAAGGGCAAAUAACUUUAACUGGUGUGAUAAAGGACAAAGAUGGGGAGCAGUUGUUCAGUAAUCCAUAUCAAGUGGCAUAUAUGAGGAAUGGGUGCCUUGUUGUCAAUGAUAUAUCACCAAACAAACUUCACAUCCUAACCCCAUCUGGUGACCCACUGUAUCAGUACACAGGACCUGAUAAGUUAAGUCCACCUCCUGGUGUCUGCGUUGAUGCCUAUGACAACAUACUGGUCACUGAUCGCGAUAACCACUGCAUACACCUUGUAUCCCCAGAUGGGAAGUUCAUCCAGUACAUAGCAACCCAAGCUGAUGGACUAUAUAAACCAUGGGGAUGUACCAUCAACCAGGAUGGAGAUCUGGUUGUGACCCAAGUGGAUGGAAAAGUGAAAAUAUUCCAAUACUUGGAAAAAUGACAUUAUUUGAAAUGCUAAGAAACUGAACAUCAUGCACUCUUCUGUCAUAUUUCAAUAAUGUAGUAUACAAAAUAGCAAAGCUUCCAAAUGUACAUACAUAUAAAGCAGAAAAUGAUGCUAAUGCCUAAUAAAUUUUUUGGCAAUUUUGAUGCAAUAUC